AUGGGGGUCGAGAAGGGGGCGUCUAUAAAUGAUGAUCUCCGCUGGCGUCUGUCGGUGGACGCGGAGGAGAAGAGUGCCGGAGCAGCUUGUUGUUGGACCUAUAUUGCGGGUUCUUUUGCAGGAAAAAUAGGGAUCUUCGUAUCCGUCCCGGCUAGUAGUUGUAGUAAUCGGCCGCACAUCUGCAAACAAAAGGACGCCGCCAUGCCGUUCGGGAACACGCACAACGAGAUGAAGCUGCGCUACACGUCGGCGCAGGAGUUCCCCGACCUGAGCCAGCACAACAACCACAUGGCCAAGGUGCUGACGCCCGACAUGUACGACAAACUGCGCGCCAGGAGCACGCCCAGCGGCUUCACCCUCGAUGACGUCAUCCAGACCGGCGUCGACAACCCGGGUCACCCGUUCAUCAUGACGGUGGGCUGCGUGGCGGGCGACGAGGAAACCUACGAGGUGUUCAAGGAGCUCCUGGAUCCCGUCAUCCAGGACCGCCACGGAGGCUACAAACCUUCCGACAAGCACAAGACCGACCUGGACGCCGACCACCUGCAGGGUGGCGACGACCUGGACCCCAACUAUGUGCUGAGCUCUCGCGUGCGAACGGGCCGCAGCAUCCGCGGAUUCUGCCUGCCGCCGCACUGCAGCCGCGGCGAACGCCGGGCCGUGGAGGAGCUCUCCAUCCAAGCUUUGGCGUCCCUGAGCGGCGACCUGAAGGGGAAGUACUACGCCCUGAAGAACAUGACGGACGGCGAGCAGCAGCAGCUGAUCGACGACCACUUCCUGUUUGACAAGCCCGUCUCGCCGCUGCUGCUGGCGUCCGGGAUGGCCCGAGACUGGCCGGACGCCAGGGGCAUCUGGCACAACGACAACAAGACCUUCCUGGUGUGGGUGAACGAGGAGGACCACCUGAGGGUCAUCUCCAUGCAGAAGGGGGGCAACAUGAAGGAGGUCUUCCAGCGAUUCUGCACCGGACUCACCAAGAUCGAGAGCUUGUUCAAGGAUCGCGGCCACGCCUUCAUGUGGAACGAGCACCUGGGCUACGUCCUGACGUGCCCGUCUAAUUUGGGGACGGGCCUGCGGGCCGGCGUCCACGUCAAGCUGCCCAACAUGAGCAAGCACGCAAAGUUCGAGGAUGUCCUCAAGCGUCUGCGGCUGCAGAAGAGAGGAACCGGCGGCGUGGACACAGCGGCGGUGGGCGGCGUCUUCGACAUCUCCAACGCCGACCGUCUGGGUUUCUCGGAGGUGGAGCUGGUCCAGAUGGUGGUGGACGGCGUCAGGCUGCUGGUGGACAUGGAGAAGAAGCUGGAGAAAGGACAGCCCAUCGACGACCUGGUGCCCGCGCAAAAGUAGAACCGCCCAACAAUCUUGGGCCCGCUUCGCUUGGACCGUCCCGCAAGGCGCUCUCCUCGCCACUCCGCCCCCCCCCCCCCCCCCCCAACGCUGUAUCAAAAAGAUGGUUCUGAAAUACAAUGUUCCUGGAAAGAA